AUGUCUCUCCAGCGCACCUUCAAGCUUGCCAACGGACACGCCAUUCCCGCCAUCGGCCUCGGCACAUGGCAAUCCAAGCCCAAUGAGGUAUUCGAGGCCGUCAAGACCGCGAUCCAAGUCGGCUACCGCCACAUCGAUGGUGCCGCCAUCUACGGCAACGAGAAGGAGGUUGGCGAUGCCAUCGCCCAGGCUGGCGCUGCUCGAGAGUCCCUCUUUGUGACUUCCAAGCUAUGGAACGACAGCCAUCAUCCCCAAAAAGUCCACCAGGCGCUCGACAAGACCCUCUCGGACCUCAAGCUCUCCUACCUCGAUCUCUAUCUCGUUCACUGGCCCCUCCCCUUCCUCGUCGACGAGAGCGGAAAGCCCGUGCGCAACAAGGAGUCCGGUGCCAUCGAGCUCGACACCUCGUUUACUUUCCAGGACACUUGGCGAGAGCUCGAGCGCGCCGUUGAAGAAGGAAAGGUCCGUUCCAUUGGCGUCUCCAACUUCAACGUCCGCCGGCUGAAGGAGCUCCUGGCCUUUGCUCGCAUCAAGCCCGUUGUCAACCAGGUCGAGCUCCACCCAUACCUUCCCCAGAACGAGCUCUUUGAGUUCGCCAAGGCCAACGACAUCCUGCUGACUGCCUACUCCCCCCUCGGAAGCGGCGGCUCGCCCAACAUCCUGGAGGACGAAGUCAUCGCCCAGGUCGCCAAGAAGCACGGCAAAACCUCGGCGCAGACCCUCAUCAGCUGGGCUGCCCAGCGCGGCACCUCAGUCAUUCCCAAGAGCGUCAACCCUGAGAGAAUCAAGGCCAACUUUGAAGACUUUAUCCUGGACGAAGCCGACAUCGAGGCCAUCAACAAACUGCAUCUGACCAAGGCUAAGCGCUAUGUCGACCCCAAGCCCUUCUUCGGCGUCGAUGUGUUCGAGAACUAG